AUGUUUGCAGUGGUCCAGGAUCUUGUGUGCAUUGGACGGGAAUUCUACGUGUAUGAUGCAGAAGAUUGUGUCAAAUGGUUUGCCCUUCUUUCUGUGAAAGAGUGCAUAUCUAGACUGCAUGAAAUGGGAGAAAUCAGACAGUGUUUAAAGGUUAGAAAUUAUGACUUUCCAGAUUGUGAAGAAUUUAACUUGGGUGGUCUCUAGGCUCUCAAGGGAGACAGCUAUGAUUUUUGUAACUUAGUAAUAACCAAGUUGUACAACAAACAUACGGUAUGUGAACUGCUCUAAACCUUAGGAACACGGAAAAUGGAAGAAGUCUUCAACAUCCAUUUAAAAUUACAGGUUGUGCUUGACUGCAAGCAUUUCAUCAUUCCCGGAUCAGCAAGAGAUGUAGUUCCAGUUUCUUUGGUUACAAAUCUCAAAGAGAGCUUAAGUGAAGAAGACAUGGAAAACAAGGUUUGAUUUAACAGAUGUUACAAUAGAGCUGAAACGGACGAUACCCCACAACGUCAGGCAAUUUCAUUAUUUAGCCAUGGUCAUAAUUUACAUGUAACUUCUAUAUUAUAGUAACAGCUGCUGUCGUCUUUUUCGCAAGUGUUCAUGGAAUUUUACCCAUAUUCCCCCCCUCCCCUCCCCCCAAACAUUCGGCUAAGUGUAUGUCCAUUUCGAAAAUUUUACGGAAUAAUUGAAAUAUUAGGAGGCCCUAAAAAUAUAUUUGUCUCUUUUAGGAUCAAAUUGCUGAGCUGGAAGAACUCGAGCGUGAUAUGGAGCCUGCAACAGACGAGAAUGUCAAUUUACCAGAUUUCCAUGGUAACACCAGCCUGACUGACAGUCCUGACACACUGAGUGUGUGCAGUGAUGCAUUAACUGAUGAUCUGGAGCCCAAUGGGAGGAUGGCGGAAAUAGGACAAGAAGAUGACAACUCGCCAAACAAUAAGUGCGACGAUGAUGGAUCAGAAGUUAAAGGUGCUCUGCACAGGAAGCUUAUGAAACAGUGGAGCGGGAAUAUCUCAUUGGAGGGUAUGCUGAUAUCAGCUGCCGCCGCAGCCAAAAAGUUUACCUCAGAGCGUCAGAAAGGAAAUCUCAAAAUGAGAAGAUUUCACUCCGCUGAUAGCGCAGGUGGUGAAAGACGGGAAGAUUCUCCCGGGGCAAACAGCAGCAGUGAGUCACAAAGUGAUGCCGUUGAGUUCAAGAGUGAGACUGCCUCGGACCCUGGCGCUGGUCAACCGAAUGAACUGCCGGAUAUUCAAGAAGUCGUCCGUGAAGAGGAGAGUCCUCGACUUCAAAAGAAAAGUCUCGAGCAGAGUCCAUGUCACUCUGAUGACAGUGAAUCAAGACAGUCAGGAAAUGAGGGAGCAGCAGUGGAAGAAGAGAUCUUUGAAAAGUAAGAAACAUCAAUUAUUUUUGCUCAUCAUCCUCAUCAAAUGUGCUUCGAAUUCCUUAAGAGGCUGACUUUUACUAGUUACAAAAUCCAAUGUUUUAUGGCUUAAAUUUUUGCCGGAGGGUGUACAACUAGAUGAAGUAUCUUUCAGGGGCUUGGUCAGUGUUCGUGCAGUUAGGUGAUGGAGUGGGUUCGUUACCAUCUGUUGUUCCGUCAUGCUAAGUUUCUGUAACAUUUUAUUUUUUUUAGAAGGGAAAGGCGAGAAAAGAAGAAGAAAAAGAAAAGAGUUGUCACAGUUGGUAGGUUUUGCUGUCUUCACGUGAAACACAUUUCAGUACGUGUUCCCCCCGAUUGUUCUACCAAAUGCACUGUUUGCUCUUUUUCUUUGGAACGUUUUAGUUUGUUAAAUACGCGGAAGCCUGACUGUACAUCUACACUGUACAUGUGUUUAUAAAUUCUUGUUUUCUCUUCAGAUAUCGAUUCACCUCAACUGAAACAAGGUAGGUUAACUUUACAUGUAAUCUGUUGUAAACACAUGAUUUAAGUAACGGCCUAAUAUUCACCUUGCGCAACACGAGUACAAUGCUGUCGCACUAAUGGUUUUGAAGAAGAAAGAAAUGAACUAAAAUUAUAUUUAUUUUCUCUAUACAAACUCUACUGUGUUAGAUUUAUUAUUCUCGAACUCUGAUAUUGUUUAAUAAUUGUUAAAUUCAGAGGUCUCGCUGGGCAGUCCCAUCCCCCACGUGCGGAGCGCAUCUUUUCGUGGUACUUAUUCUCCAACUGAGGAUGCGGAGGUAAGACAUUUUUGUGACACAGUUGUUGGUGUAAAUGUUCGGCGGUUUGUCUCUAUGUUUGUUCCUCUGUCUCUAUCUUUGUCUCUGUCUGUCUGUCUGACAGACUGUCUGGGUCUUUCCGGCUGGCUUGCUAGCGGUGUGUUUGUCUGUAGUGAUGUUGGCCAGCCUGUCGGUAAAGUUGUUUACACUGCAUACCACCCGGUCUGUGUGGCCCACUAUGUGUUUUUCUAUCCGUGUGUCUGUCUGUUUGUCCGUCCAUCUGUCUCCCCAUCUGUCCGUCUAUCUCCCUCACGGUCUGUUUGUCUGUCCGUCUAUUCCUCUGUCUAUCUGUCUGUACGCCUGCUCUCCUGCCUGUCGUUCUAUUCAUAUACUCCUCUGUCUGUCAAUGUUGUCUGCCUCGCCAUCUUUUGAGCUAUCUGUUUAUCUACUUGUUUGUAGACGUAUUAAUGAGUAAUUAUGUACGCAGCUUUGUUGUCGCCUGAUAAUUUGGUUUAUUAACUAUACAUUGGCCAACAUAAAGAGUUUCUCCCCUCCAGCGACGCACACCACAGUGUCUUCAGAAACUUACCCCCUUUGUUCUUAUGUUGUUAACUGCUUACCUCGACUUUUGAUCUCUUAUUGUGUUUGCCUUGUCUGUUUGUCUGUCUGUUUACGUGUUUGUCUCUCCCUGUGUGUCUGUGACAUGGGAAUCAACUGGUAGUGUCCUUUACAACGCAGGUAAGGAGCAGACUUUCAUCAGAGCCUGAAAAGCUAGUCACUAGCCCCGCACAAUCAGAACUUCCUCCCGCCAUCCCAGCCAUGCUGUCAAAAGCUAAAGGCUUGCUGAAAAAGAAACUGAAAGUUCCAUCAGAGGAUUCCUCUAGUUUACCCUCUCCUACCCCACCCAUGGAGGAAGAAACCAUCUGCAAAAGAGAGGAAGAAGUAGACUCGGAGGAGAUGGAAUGCCCACCGGAAGUCGAGGAGCUUAUUCGGAGUUCAACGAAGACUCGGUGAGGCCCAUUUUGGGGUUUUAUUCCUGUGGUUACUUUUUAGUAUCUUAAGAGCCUAAUUGGCUCACCAGACAGGAGCUUAAUGAUUGUUAGUUGGUGUGAUGUUCAGUAGAUGGUGAUGGUCUAAUUGAUGGCCUAAUUGGCUCACCAGACAGGAGCUUAAUGUUUGUUAGUUGGUGUGAUGUUCAGUAGAUGUUGAUGGUAAACCUAUGUGUUUACAUAUCAAAAUGGCUGUAGAUAGUCCAGUUGGUAAUCUACAAAUCACAGCCGAGGAGUUGAAGUGGGGGAAACUGGGAACGAAUCCGUUAGGCAGCUGGUAGAGAGUUUGAAUUAUUUGAUAUUUACUGAAGACAAAAGAAGCAAGCAACAAUCCGUAGAAUCUUUAGGGCAUAAAUGUUUUUUAGCUGAAAUACUCCGUUUGUCGCAUGGUGGAGCAGAAGUAUAAGCCACUAUGUGUAAAGCGUGUGGAUAUUCUUAACCGCGACUGCCCUCUUGAGAAAUGCUUUUCUACGCCCUGUUCUUCUAACAAAAACACAAAAAUUGUCCACCGUGACGUCAAGUGUCUAUAAGCCCUCAUUGUUUAACGGGGAACAACCAAUGAAAAUUAGUGUAGAGGGUAAUUUACUUUAUGUAACUGUUACGAUUGUGUCAUUUUCCUUUCAGGAAUGAAGUCAAGAAUCCAGUGGUGCUAUUCAGUAUCAGUAGUCUUCGUAAAGUUCUGGAAGAAUGGGUCCCUAAACUACAUGCGGCCAUGAAGAGCUGUCAUGAGUUCAACAAGAACAUUGAUGAGAACAACACUAAGGUUGAUUUAAAGUUGUUUCUCGAUGAACCUGCGUUUGGCGAUGUCGCUCACCUAACAAGAAUGUGUUUUGACUGUGGUGUAUUUGGAGUAGAAUGUAUGGUAUGCUUGGAAGACCUGUCCCAUGAAGUUUUGUGUAGCGAGGAAAAGAUCAUGCCUAAUGGCUCGUUGGCGGUUCAAGAUGGUGCAGAGAUUAUUGAUGAGAAAAAAUUAAAGAAUGGAGGCAUUCGUCCUUUGCUACACAACUCUUUGGAAACCGUAUCGGAACGUAUGACUAAUGGUUUUAAUGGUGUUUAUGACGUUGGCCAAUCAGCUCAAGCUGGUAAAACCACCGUGAGUGACUUGAAAUCUAUUUCCUCAAAUAGCACAGAUGUUCAAGAAGUAAGCGUCAAGGUUGAAAUUUCAAACAGCGAUACUAAAGAAGCAUUUCAGAUUUUGCCUAUGGACAAACACAUUUCUGAUGAGGACAAGUUAAUCUUGUCAACGAAUAAAAGAUGCAAAGAGGCAUUACCUAACAGCACAAUGAACGGAGACUUCUCUAAUGGAGAAGGAACUCAUGGCCCUUCUUUCACACAAAAAGAGCGAGGUAUUUUCAGUUCAGCUAAGGACCGUGUGCUCGUUUGCUUGCAGUGUAAGGAGGGAACUGCAUUCUCUCGGAUUCCCCAUGAAAAUGCCGAAAGCCAACGCUCUGAACAGCGAGAAAAUGACACUAUUAGGUCAAAAUUCUUAUCUUACUAUUUCUUUCUGCUGGAUGUGAAGCAGUUACGACGGACGCUGUUUAUGAGCAAGGGCGAUAGACGAACAACAUGGAGAGCUUUUAUAGAUGGCAUGUCUGGUGAGUGAGUUAUCAUGUUUAUACUUAAUAUGUGGAACUCUGUUAUAUAAUUUAAAAAUUAUUAUUUUGCUAAAUUGAAGGUUUUUAAACUGAAAAAUGAUUCAUUUUGUUGUGGUCAAGGUCUGGUAACGACUGAUGACGUGAUUGUUAAGUAUUUGAAGGACGGCGAUCCACGGCGAGCACUUCAUGAAUUGCAUGAUGGGAUGGAGGCUUACUCUAGCAUUCUACUGUAUCAUUUAACUCGGUAAGUUGUACUUGUACCCAGACUCUAGACAGUUGCCUAAUGAAAUGAUCUUCCUUUUGUAUUUGAAACAGAAUAGAGAAUUAAUAGCGGAGCUCGCAGAGCGUAGCCCCAUUAUUAUACAAAAUGGUAGUAACCCAUCAAGCCGAAAAAAUUUGGACUUACGACCCUACGACCGACCGUACAAGAUGCUACUUUUAACAUGAGUGGUCAACUGUACCGCGGGCACACCAACGCCAUACUUUGUCCAGUAGUCUAGUGGUCAGUGCACUGAGCUCCGAGUCGGACGACCCGGGUUCUAGUCCUGGCCGGGGCAAGGCGUUAUGCCCCUAAAACGUGCGGGAAAAAAAAUGCGAGCUCCGCUUUUAGGCUUGGCUAAAUUUAUAUAUUACUAAGAUCUACGGGCAAGGAGAAUUCGAUAAACAAUCAAGAGUUGGUGAUCACUUCUUUUAUUCUCAUAACCUCACUGUUUGAUUCCGGGGUGAUACCAUGGGGAGAAGUUAGAUGCUGGUCAUCUUUCGGGAUUAAAGGGUUAAAAGCUUUCUUUACGGAUUAUCUUUCACAGCUUGUAUGAAUACGAUCGCCGUGAAACAAUGAUCACGUGUGCGAGAAUGUUUCCGGAUGUGCAACCGUGGGAGGUGAUGGAGAUAUGUCGGCAAAACAGUGGUCUGAGUUUUGAAGCCAGAUCAGAUGAUUUUGUGUUUUAUGUGGAACAACUGAUGAGAUGGCGGGCUGAGGUUGGAAUUACCAAGUACGGAUAAGUAAUUUUAAAAGGAUAGAGAGGAGGAUGACUCUAAACUGUGGUUGAACUUAGUAAAGAGCGGUGCGGUCUGAAACCAUACCAGUGAUAGGGCGCUUUUUGAUCGAGUGUCGUAAAACCAAACUUAAGUAAUCACAACGGCCAAUCAGAGGAAAGGAAUAGCUAUAAGAGCCAAUGAGAACUCAGGAAGUAAUCAGGGGAAAAUUUCAAAUCCGCCCUUCACAUAACGUCCUUCUCCUCGUUAAAUAGAGACACCUGACGUGACAUCUGACGUGACAUCUAACGUGACACCUAGCGUGACAUACUAUAUUUGCGAUGUGUUCUGUACUUUGAAGUUGAAAUUUGGACUCUAAAUGGUGACGGUGACCAUAGAAGGUCUUUUUGUGAAAUAUUUCCACAAUGAUAUUUUUUUUCUCCAGGGAAAAAACUGUCAGUAAGAUUUGUGAGGAUGUAGGAGUCGCCUUGUGGUGGUUCCAUUGCUCACUUGUUGUAGAUUCUGUAAGAGACGGAAUACAUUGUCAACACUGUGGGAACCCAAGGUCAAUAUUUAAUUUUUAUUUUUACUCAUUCUUUUAAAACUUUUGGUUUAAUUGAUCGCGUGCUUGAAUUUUUUCUUUUCAAUGGUAAUUUGUAGCCUUUGUAUCUUUUUAUCAGACCGGGAUCGCACAUGGUUCCGUGGCAGAAAGCCGAUCAUCUGCAACAACUGAUUGACUUUCUCCUUCACAAAGAUGCAAAGGAAUGUAACGAUUUCAUGGAUUUGUGUUGGAAACAUGGGUAAGAGAAAAGUCUUAUGUCUUGGCAUGCUUGAUUUUCCCUACACGUUCACCGGAAUUGGGUAAAUUGACGAACUAAAUUGAAACUUCGUUUGAAGGAAAAUUAUCCUUUUGAAGAGAAAGUAUUGGUCUAAAUUGUAGUUUAUGAAAAAUUUAGAUCUAUGCAAACACAGCGUGUUGAUAUUGCUGAUUCGCAAGACGUUUGUCUCUUAUUCGAGCCAUUGUUAAUCGAGUGUCCAAAGUGAUCUACGAUUGCUUUUAUUUUACUUCAUCACGCUCUGGGAUUGGUCUAAAAAUCUCGCCUUGCCUUUUCAACCAAUCAGAUGCAAAACUGAAAUCAGUUGCGACUUGGUCAGUCGCGUUUUCCCGCGCUUCAGGAAGAUUGCUUUUACUACAUGUUCCCAUUGGCUGAUAAUGAUGUAAUCUUUGUUCUAAUUGGCCGCUCUCCAAGAGCUCGUUGGUGAGUUAGGCUGACUCACCAACGAGCUCUUGGUGGCUAGUUGGAAGAACGUUGGACUGCGAAAUCAGGUUUGAGGUCGUAUUUCUCGUAAGGUACUCAGUUUUCUUUUUUUUCCAAGUUUAAAACCAAAACAAAUUACAUCUUUGUUUAUUAUAGGGUAAUUUUCUUCACAUGAGCACUAAAGUCGGUCAUAAUGCCUGCAACGUUAAAUUAAUUGUUAACGUUAUCUCUCUCCUUUUUUUUAACACAGAUAUUGGGUUGGUCUGAUCCGCUUGUGUGUGCGGAAAAAUCUUAGACAAGACGCCUUGAAACUAGUCUUUUCGCUAGGUGACUUGAACCUUAUCAGGGACACUCAGCCAUGGGGUAUGUACUGUAUUUUCCCUCGCGUCUUUAGCAGCGUAGACUAGAAAUUCAGCAACCUUUUUCUUGUCGCUAUGGCGACCAAAGCGGUUGCGGUGUGUUGCGCUGCAUAUACAUAUUUAUGCCAUUUUCUACCAGUCAUUUGUUUAUCCGGUGUUACAAUUAUGUCCUAUAAUUCGGCUGUGAAGCUAGAUUUUCAGAGGAGGGAAAACCUUAAAAUUACUAUUGUUUGUGACUGUGACCAUGAAAUCUGGUUCGUUUACACUUGUCCGGGACAUGUUGCGGCUUAUUUGUAAUUUUUGUAUGCAGGACGUCUCCCGAAAUCACUAGAUGAAUGGAAGUACCUCUUAGAAUUGCUUUUAUCACGUGAUGGAAAUAGCGACAAGUCUCAUGCUUGUCCGCACUCAUACAUGCCGCUGUCGCUUACUGAUUGGACGCCUAACUUGACGUGGAGUAACGUCAUUAACCUGAUGCUUGAACGGCUUGGUGCUGGACACACUGUUAACUUACUGCAGGCUCUACCACGUGACACACCACUCCUUACUACAGAUUUCUACUACUCGUGUUUAUUGGGAGCCGUGAUUGAGAGAAGGCAAAGGUUGGUAUAACGCUCGUCUUUCUCUGUUGAGGCUCAGCGACUGGGCGUGGGCGUGGGGGUGGGCACUACUCUAAAGUCAGGGGAUGGGUUUUUCGCUUCUAAGUCCUGACACUUUUUGAGACCAAAUCCGUUAAUUUGGCGAUCGAACCUAGAUAGACUCUACACCAAUAACAUUGUCACCCUGUCUAAAGUCUUGGAUCAGGAAAGAAACCCCGUUCAAAACCCUAAGCAGUAAAAUUGUAUGUCUUGUGGAAGAUUGAAUGCCCCGGCAGAAAACCAUACUUAAGCGGCGCAUACUCGAAUUUCACAAGCCUUUUACUAAUACAGCGCUGAAACUCUUACUUCUUUUCAGGACGUUGAUUCACGAACUGCUCAAAAAGCUGGACUCUUAUCUGUGGUCACAAAGAAGUGGCUCCUUGGCGCCUAAGGUGAGCGAAAAAGAGAGCAGUUUUAUGACACUGAGAUUUUUAGAGAUGUUUUCUUGUCGUGUUCAGAGAACGUACCUGAUGAUGCUGUUUGUGAUGUUCUUAUUGUCUUUUUUGUUUUCUCCUUUAAGUUAAACAGUUUCCGUAAGGAAGAAGAAACGUAUGGUCCAAAAAGUAAGGUAAUGUAAGCAAUUCUUUGGUACGAUUUUCUUCUCGGGUAAAGUGCAAAAAUCUUUUCAAAAUACAGUGUUACUUGCUCUAAGAUAUACGCUAUAAAAUAGUUCCUGGACUUAUUCAUGAAAAUUGUUUAUCUGUGGUUUUUUAAUUGAACAGGAAGACGUAAAUCCACAACUAGAAUCCAUGGAACAAUUCAGGACACUUGAGGAUGGAGGUUGGUGAAGAGGACUCCAGACUCUUGCUAAGCUUGUCUGUCUGGUCUUCGUGCAUUAUUCGUGGACGUUUUGUAUGUUUGUACCCGUAGUUUUGACAUAAGUUGUCGCCUUGGUUUGUGGACGUUGGUGAAUGUGUUACUCGCGAACGAGGCUUAUUUGCGUGGAUUUAGAGCGUGAUUCAUGAAGGUGUUCUGCGUAUGUAGUACGUGUGCGACGAGCUCUUAUUGGUUUAUUUCCGUAUCUACGUAAAGUCUUCUUUUAUCCACGCAUUGAGUGGUGCAUCUCGCGACGUAUAUCCAGGCUGUUUUUCGUUUUUACAGUUUCUUUUUACUUUUUAAUUGCGAUAGAUCUAACUCCCAUUUUUUUCUUACAACAGCUUCAAACUGGGGACAAAAUAUUCGCCUGUCAGAGUAAGUACCUGUGAUUUUUUUGUGUGUUAUCAUUAUUAAAAACUAUCCAGAGAAACAGCUUACUGCUUCUCUUUACGUAUCAUUCUCGAAAACUAGUAAGGAAAAUGCAAGUGGUCGAGAAGUUCAUCUACUGGCUUCAAGUUUCUAGGAAAGCGUUAUAUGUUUUCAAUCAGCAGUUACCAUUUAGUUUUCCUUUCUCUAGUUAAGUUAAGUUAACGUCUUUAAUUUUUUUCUGUUUUUAGCGGUGAAUGCUUGGUGUGUUCGCUGAAACUCUGUGAGCAGAUUUCGACCAGUAAUCAAGGACUGCUUUUAUUUGAAUGUGGUGAGUUAGUGAAAUAUCUUGAUCAAACUCCAAAUUCUCGUGACUUAUUUACAAGGCAAUGUGUAGUAGCUAGGGGAGAAUUUAAAAAAUCGGAUCUUGGGAUUUCAAUGCCCAACGAGCUUCGUUUAACACGACUGACGACACUCAACGCAGGCGAGAAAAACUUCUUCUGAUCCUUUUCAUUGAACGAUAUAACCUUAUACAAGUCCUGUUGUGAUUUUCAGGUCAUAUUUUCCAUAAACACUGUGUCCCAGAGGCGGCCUGCAUACUUUGCUUUCAACAAAACCUUACCACUAUUGGGUAAAAGGACUGUGAACUAGGCAAGGAAUCUGCUACUUGGCCAGGCCAAUUUAUUAUCUUUGUACAAUUCAGUUGUCGCUUUCUAUAGUAUUUUUCAACUGAAAUGAGUGAAGUGCGAUUUGUUUCAAAAUCAUCGUUUCGGUACGAUUUGAAAUCUUAUGGUUGAUUUUAGACCUUAAAUUGUUAAACACAAAAGAAAGUAGGAAAAGAAAGUGGUUCACCUGACAGGAUAAUUAUUAUCAAAAUUUAAACAAUAAUUUCUUGCUGUUUGAAAACGGAUAAUUUCUUUAGAAGGUAGGCGCUGUAGUUUUAUAGUUCUAUAGUAACGAAAGAACAUUUAUUAAAUUCCGGGAAAAUAAAACUCAUAUAAUGAACGCUUAAAUUACUGGUAAGAAAUGUUCACAAAUUAAUAAAUGACAGUUUUAUUUAUUUUAUACAAAUCACAGACAUAUAUACGUAUAGGCCAGAUGGAAAAUUAUAUUCUAUUUUUGGAAAAAAAAAAAACCCACCUCCAAUUUGAUAAUUUGAUUUGUUAAUUGCUACAGAGGUCUUUUGGAAUGAAAACUAUUGAGUUGAGAAACUGUUUUUUAACCUUCCACAAACUCCCACGAAGGAAACAGACAGAAUUUCUUCUUAAAAUAUAAAUAAAAAAUCAACAGACAAAUGAUGAGAAUAAAGAUAAAUAUCAAUUACGAGGUUAUUUGUUGAUCCAAUAGCAAACUCGCCAAAAUAAUAUUCUAAGAAUUGUAUGGCAGACAGUAGGAGAAUUACUUAUGAGAUCUUGGGAGUGAAAGGGUAUGGCAGUUUAGUUUAUACCAAUGCGAUGCAACCUGCGCGAGAAAUUAUUUCAUGUAAUUGCCAACAUGUGCAGAAGAAGUCAGUUUUUUUCAAGAAAUAGUUAUUCAGCAUUGCGUCAGUCUUAACGGUAAGUAAAACUUGAUACUGGUCUGUGCCACACUUGUUACAAACAAACCUUUACAAGCCAUGUUCAGUUUCUCAAGUUUUUCACGCAACAUGUGUUGCAUCCAAAUUGAUAGCAGGUCUGGUUGAUACAAUUUCACAUUGUAACUGUUCUUUCUGUUAUCUUUUGAAACUAGCCGUUGAAAAUAGAUAUCCAAUCAGAAAACAAACUAUAUUUAUUGGCAUACGAUUCUCUGUCCAUGUGUUACAUAGCCGUUAAAAAGUAAUCCUAGUGUCAUAAUCGAUUGCAAAAUCUCCAU